AUGUCAUCGGCGUCGGCAUCCGGUGCGGAUGUCAAAAAUGGCGCGUCAGCACACUCGAGAGAACACAAGCAAGGAAACCAAGACCGCAAAUACACAAUUGAACAGAAGGCCGCAGUGAUUAGAGUACGGAAAUGUGCGACCACGGCCUACUACGAGAUCCUAUCCGUGGAAAAGACAGCGACAGACUCGGAGAUUAAGAAGGCAUAUCGCAAGCUUAGUUUGUUAACACAUCCGGAUAAGAAUGGUUACGAGGGGGCGGACGAAGCCUUUAAAAUGGUUUCCCGCGCCUUCCAAAUACUUUCAGAUUCCGAUAAGAAGAGCAAAUAUGACAAGUUUGGCGGGGAUCCAGAUAAUAGAUUCUCUGGGGCAUCUGCAUCCUCACCUUUCGGCGGGUUUGGCGGGUUUCCACAGGGGCGAGGGAACAUGUAUGAAGACGAAAUUUCCCCUGAGGAACUGUUCAAUAGGUUCUUUGGCGGAGGUGGCUUUGGACCGUUUGGCGGAGGUAUGUUCGAAGCCGGCCCAUCCUUUGUGUUCAAUAUGGGAGGCGGACCGGGAGUUCGUGUACACCAGUUUGGAGGCGCACGGCCACGAAGAAGACCCCGCGAAGCGAACCAGCAGUCUGAUGCAACUCCUGCAAAUGGCCUUUCGUCUCUUUCACAAUUCCUUCCUCUCUUAUUACUAUUCCUUUUCCCUCUCCUCUCCUCGUUAUUCUCAGGUUCCACUUCUCCCGGCCCUUCUUUCCGAUUCAAUACCCCCGCACCACCACAUACCCUACACAGGAAAACUCCGAAACUAAAAUUGAAUUACUACCUUAAUCCGAUCGAAGUUGAAGACUAUAGUCCGCGAAAACUACGCCAGCUAGACCAGAAAGUGGAAAUUGACUACGUAUCAAACCUGCGGUAUGAGUGUGAGAGUGAGGUCAGGGCAAGGGACCGAAUGAUACAAGAUGCUCAGGGUUGGUUUUUUCCAGAUGUGGAGAAAAUGAAAGAAGCUCGAAAGCUGGAGCUUCGAAGUUGCAAGAAACUGGAGUCUUUAAACAUUUAA